ACUGGAUUUGCUAUUGAUUGGAUAUCUAGAAACCUGUUUGUAAGCUCAGCAGGUGCCACUAGUAAUUACAUUACUGUGAGCAAUUUGGAAGGUGAAUAUAUAACUCCUGUUGUAUCAGAAGAUGUAGUUCAAAUUCGUUCAUUAGCCCUGGACCCAUUACGAGGCAAGCUUUUCUGGAGUCAUAUUCCCAAUGAUUUACACACAAUUGAAAAAAGUAAUAUGGAUGGAUCAGGCCGAAUUGUUUUAGCAACCCAAAGAGAAAAUCCAAAUCUGAUGUCACCCCAAAGCUUAUGCAUGGAUCUGGAGUCAAAUCGUUUAUAUUGGGUUAGUGCUGAAAGCAACAUGAUUCAGUAUUAUGAUCUUUCUACUAAAAAUCUAUUAGAAGUUCCCUUACAAAGUGGGCAAAAAACAGCUGUGGUAGUAUACAAAGGCAUGGUGUAUUAUGCAAACCAGGAUGACAUGGCCAUUCAUGUUGCAAACAAGACCACUGGAGAAAAUGAUACUGUUUUACGAAAUAACACUGGGAAUGUUCUAUCCCUUAAAAUUUAUGACCCAAAUGUGCAAGUGGGAUCAAAUCCAUGCUCACAAAACAAAGGAGGAUGUUCUCAUCUUUGUUUACCAGUUUCUGACAAGGAAAGGGUGUGCAAGUGUGCACUUGGCUACACUGUUGAUACUGAAAAUCCUACAAAAUGUAUUGGUAUUGAGGAAUUUCUUUUUUAUUCAAUGACUUCAGAUAUUAAAGGAAUGUUACUUACUCCUGAAACUAAUUAUACAGAUGUUCUGGGGCCAAUAUCUCGAGUUUCUGUUGCUACAAGUAUAGAUUUCUAUGCAGCUGAAGACUAUUUGUAUUGGGCAGAUAGUGAUCAUGGUUCAAUUACGCGCAUUCAUCGUGAUGGUACAGGUCGUCAAGUAGUGGUAGAACAUUUUGAGUCUAUGGAUAGUAUUCCAAUUGACUGGUUAACAGGUCUUGCUGUUGACUGGGUAGCUGGAAAUAUUUAUUGGACUGAUCCAAAAUACAAUGUAAUUGAAAUGGCAAGAUUGAAUGGCUCAAGUCGAUAUGUAGUAGUUGCUGGAGAUAUGGACCGUCCAGCUGCUAUUGUUCUGGAUCCAGUAGUUGGACUCUUGUUUUGGAGUGAUGUUGGGAAACAACCUCGCUUGGAACGAGCCUAUCUUGAUGGAUCUAAUCGCACAGUUCUUGUCAAUGACACCUUAAUUCACAUAAACGAUAUUGCCCUUGAUUACAAAGCAAAAAAAUUGUAUUGGUGUGAAUCAAGUAGCAAUACCAUAGAACGAAUUAAUUAUGAUGGUACAGAACGUGAAACUGUGUUGGAACAAUCCACUGAAAAUCCAUAUGCCAUUAGUGUGCAUGAUGACAAAAUAUUUUGGAUUGAUUUAACAUUUGAACGUGGCAGUAUUAAAAUGGCUCCUACUUCAAAUGCUUCAGACUAUAGUGUUCUUGCACGAGGAUUGGGAGAAUCUCUGAAAGAUAUCCAAGUAUUUUCUAGAACACGACAACUAGGUACUAAUCCAUGUGUAGAGAAUAAUGGAGGAUGUACUGAGCUUUGCUUAUUCAAUGGCUUUGAGCCUGUUUGUGCGUGCGCCCAUGGAAAAGUUGCUACUGAUAACAAGACAUGUGAAGAUUAUGAAAGUUUUUUAGUAUAUUCACGAGUUCUCCAAAUAGAUAGUAUUCAUAUGUUUAAUGAAUUUAAUCAUAAUGCACCAUUUCCAACCAUACAGUCCAGUGAAUACAUGAGAAAUGCUAUUGGUCUCUCAUUUGAUUAUGAUCGAAAGAAAAUAUUUUAUUCAGACAUUCAGAGAGGAAGCAUUAAUGCGGUGUUUUUCAAUGGAACUAAUCAUACCAUGAUUGUUGAAAGACAAGGAUCUGUUGAGGGAUUAGCAUAUGAAUCUGUGAAUAAUGUCCUCUACUGGACGUGUAAUAGUGAUGCAACAAUUAAUAGAGUGCUGCUUAAUACUUCAAAGCCGCAAACAGAAGUUGUCAUCAAACUUCACUCCAAUGAUAAACCUCGUGGCAUUGAUAUUGACAGUUGUGACAGUCGGAUAUAUUGGACUAAUUGGAAUUCAUAUACUCCAUCUAUACAACGUGCUUUUACUAAUGGAUAUGAUAUGCAAUCCAUUAUCACAACGAAUAUUAAGAUGCCAAAUGCUUUAGCUUUAGAUCACAAAGCUCAAAAACUGUAUUGGAGUGAUGCUCGCUUUGACAAAAUUGAACGUGCUGAAUACGAUGGAUCAAAUAGAGUGGUAUUGGAUAAAGUUAAACCUCAACAUGCAUUUGAUAUUGCUGUGUAUGGAGAUUAUUUAUUUUGGACAGAUUGGGUUCUUCAUGCUGUAAUUCGUGCUAACAAGUAUACAGGAGAUGAUGUAGUCUGGCUUCGUAAAGAUGUACCACGUCCUAUGGGAAUAAUAGCUGUAGCCAAUGAUACGAAUGAAUGUAAAUCAAAUCCUUGCAGAGUGUUGAAUGGUGGCUGUCAAGACUUAUGUAAAUUGGAUGAAAAGGGUGAAGUUGUUUGUUCUUGCUAUCCUUACCGCCGCCUUGUGAAUAAUGGUCGAUGCAUUGAUGAAAGUAUAGCUAAUGGUACUAGUCAGGAGUGUUGGGUGGAGGAUUCAUUUCAGUGCUCAAGUGGGGGAUGCAUACCUUUUCAUUUAACUUGUGAUGGAAUCUCCCACUGUGCAGAUAAAUCAGAUGAAAGUGUUGAAUACUGUGCCCAACGUUCUUGCUUACCAGGGUAUUUCUCAUGCAAAAAUGGCCGAUGUGUCUUUGCUAAUCAAACUUGUGAUCAAGUAAAUGACUGUGGAGAUAAUAGUGAUGAAGGACCCUCUUGUACUUGUUCACCCCAACAUUUUCAGUGUAAAUCUGGUGAAUGUGUGGCAGCUGAUUCCCGUUGUGAUUAUACUCCUGAUUGUCAUGAUGCAAGUGAUGAAAUGAAUUGUCCAUCACAAAAUUGUUCUCGUUUUCAACAUCCAAUUUCCCGAAUACCAGUUGUGCCUUGUAACACAACCACUGCCUGCAUUCAUUUACAGUGGUUGUGUGAUGGUGAAAAUGACUGUUGGGAUGGCAGUGACGAAAUUGGUUGCAAUACUACUACAACGUUAGCUCCAGAUGGUUGUUCAGGUUUCCAUUGUUCUAAUGGACUUUGCAUCAGUCAGACAUGGGUGUGUGAUCAGGAAAACGAUUGUGAAGAUGGAAGCGAGACAGAACCAAGUUCUGAUGAAAAAGAUUGUGACAAUCAUUGCCGACCAGAUCAAUUUAAAUGUUCGAGUAAGGAAUGCAUCCCAGCAACAUGGCAGUGUGAUGGAGUCCCAGACUGCUCAGAUGGUUCAGAUGAAGUUAAAUGCCAGGAACGUACCUGCCCAGAUACUGACUUCAGGUGCAAUAAUACCGGUCGGUGUAUCCCAUGGCAUUGGGUGUGUGACGGAAUGUCAGAUUGCCCUGAUGCUUCUGAUGAAGACUUGGAGCACGAUUGUCCUCCUGUUGAUGUACAUUGUGAUGAACAUGAAUAUCAAUGUGCUAAUGAUCAGUGCAUUCCUAAGGAAUUCUAUUGCGAUUCAGAUUAUGAUUGUGAUGAUCGAAGUGAUGAACCCAAAUCCUGUGGACAUUCUUGUGUGAGCAAUGAAUUUCGUUGCACCAAUGGACGGUGCAUACCUGAAGCUUGGAAAUGUAAUGGUAAAAAAGAUUGUGAUGAUGGAUCUGAUGAAGACAGAGAAGUGUGUGUUGUCAAUAGCACAAAGUGUGUCACACCUGGAUUGUAUCAUUGUGCUAAUGGAUUAUGCAUUAAUGAAACAUUGACGUGCAAUGGUGACAAUGAUUGUGGAGACUUCAGUGAUGAAGUACUUUGCAAUAUAAACGAAUGCCUUGAUCCUGUUUGUACAUAUCAUUGUGAAGAUUUGAAAAUCGGUUAUCGAUGUAUUUGUCCGCCUGGUUUUGAGCAACAUCCUCACGAUACACAUCAUUGUAAAGACAUUGAUGAAUGUAAAAGUCGCCCAUGUAGUCAGAUUUGUCAUAACACCAAUGGAUCAUAUGUGUGUUCUUGUACAAAGGGAUAUGCACUUGGACGCAACAAACAUUCUUGCAAAGCAGAUGCAGAUAAAGAACCAAAGUUGAUUUUCUCUAAUCGUUAUUACAUCCGUGAGCUGGACUUAACAGGUCAUUCCACCCUGCUUCUUCAUAAUUUGACCAAUGCUGUAGCAUUAGACUAUGAUCUUCAAGAGUCUUGCAUUUAUUGGAGUGAUGUGACAUCAGUGAGCAGUAGUAUUAAACGAACUUGUGGACCUAGCAAUAAUACACAACAAGUUAUUCAUUCUUCUACUUUGAGAAACGUCGAUGGACUUGCAGUGGAUUGGAUAGGUCGGAACCUGUACUGGUGCGAUAAAGGUCGCAACACUAUAGAAGUUUCAAAGUUAGAUGGCCGUUAUCUGAAAGUAUUAAUAAAUAAAGACUUGCAAGAGCCCCGAGCAAUUGCUCUUGAUCCUCGCUUUGGGUAUAUGUAUUGGACUGACUGGGGAGAUCAUCCUCAUAUUGGGAAGGCUGGAAUGGAUGGUUCAGAUCCUCAUGUAAUUGUAAAUGAGUCAUUGGGAUGGCCAAAUGCCAUAACCAUAUCUUUUGAGACUGAUGAACUGUUUUGGGCAGAUGCUCGGGAAGAUUAUAUUGCUGUCUCAGAUUUGUCUGGAGGAAAUAUUAAGAUUAUAUUAAGUCGCACCAGUAAUUCAAAAGUUAUGCCUCAUCAUAUAUUUGCUUUGGCGGUUUUCGAAGAUUAUGUGUAUUGGACAGACUGGGAAACAAAAUCUGUUGCUAGAUGUCAUAAAUACAAUGGGAGUGAUGUCAAACAGCUCACCACAACUGUUCACCGACCUAUGGAUAUUCAUGUCUUCCAUCCCUAUCGGCAACAGAACUUGACUGUCAAUCCAUGUGUUGAUAAUGGUGGCUGUGAUACUUUGUGUUUACUGAAGCCUAAUGGAGGACAUCAAUGUGCAUGCCCAGAAAACUAUUAUUUAGCAGCUGAUGGAAAAACAUGUAUUAAUAAUUGCACAUCUGCUCAUUUUGUUUGUGCAACAACUUAUAAAUGCAUUCCAUUUUGGUGGAAAUGUGACACUCAGGAUGAUUGUGGGGAUGGAUCAGAUGAGCCCAAAGAUUGUCCAGCAUUUGAAUGUCUACCUGGACAAUUCCAGUGUAAUAAUUCACAUUGUAUUCAUCCAUCUCAAUUAUGUAACAGAGACAAUGAUUGUGGGGAUAAUUCUGAUGAAAUUGACUGCAACUCUUACAUCUGCCAGAACACCCAGUUCAAGUGUGAAGGCAAUGCUACAUCUCCAGGAUUCUGCAUUGCUCUCAGCAUGAAGUGUGACUUUGACCCUGAUUGUCCUGAUGGUUCUGAUGAAUUGAAUUGUCCUCCCAAAACGUGUCCCCCAAAUCAGUUCUUGUGUAAUAGCAAGAAAUGUGUUCCUUCUGUUUGGGUUUGUGAUGGAGAUGAUGAUUGUGGGGAUAAGUCUGAUGAAACUGAAGACUGCAACACUAGAACAUGCCCUUCAGAUUUUUUCAGGUGCAAUUCAGGUCGUUGUAUUCCAAUGUCUUGGCAUUGUGAUGGUGAUGUUGAUUGUACACAAGGUGAAGAUGAACCAUCCACAUGCACAAGUCCCCAGAAUCGAACAUGUGAUCCUACUUACUUCCUGUGUAAGAAUGGAAAUUGCAUUCCAGGACGAUGGCAGUGUGAUUAUGAUGACGAUUGUGGGGACAAAUCUGAUGAGCUUAAUUGCAGACCUCGAGAAUGUAGUGAAUCAGAAUUCCGAUGCAAUAAUGGACGAUGCAUUAGAGGUAUACUUCAGUGUGAUGGUGAAUAUAAUUGUGAAGAUCACAGUGAUGAAGCUAAUUGCAACACAACUUGUGGAAGUAAAGAAUUUCAAUGUGAAAAUCCUCAUCAUUGCAUCUUUAUUGAAUGGCAAUGUGAUGGUGAUACUGACUGUAGUGAUGGUUCAGACGAACUGAACUGUAGUGGUCCAUGCCAUGAAGGUCAGUUUAUGUGUCAAAAUCGCCAGUGUAUUCACCAGAAUUGGCGCUGCGAUGGUGAAGAUGACUGUGGCGAUGAAUCAGAUGAAGAUAAAAGAAUGUGUCGACAACUUGGAUGCCCCCCUGGUCGUCACAGGUGCCGUAACCACAUCUGCAUUCCAUCACUGAAUGUGUGUGAUGGCCAUGAUAAUUGUGGUGAUAAUUCAGAUGAAGAUGCACAAGCUUGUAAACUUGCCCAUGGCUCAUGCAAUUCUAGUGAGUUUUCGUGCAUGAAUGGACACUGUGUGAGCCAAACCUUAUUGUGUGAUGGACAAAAUGACUGUGGAGAUAACUCAGAUGAACGAAAUUGCGCACCAUGUAAAUUUGGAACUUGCUCACAUAUAUGUGUGGAAAAGAAAGCAGGAAAUUAUAGUUGCCAAUGCAUACCAGGUUAUUACAUGUCUGGUGGAACAAAAGGAUCAAAGAACCGUACUUGCACAGCUCAUGGCUCACAAGCUUAUAUGAUGGUUGCAAGUGAUGCAGAGAUACGUGUACUGAACCCGUAUAAGCCUGGAGACGAUGGUUCUACCAAUCGAUUGUUAGAAAUCACUCCAACACCAUUACCUAGCUACAAAAUUGAAUCUAUUGAUUUCUUCUGGAGACCACAAGGUAGUUAUGUAUUUUGGACAGAUCAUCAUCAAAAACGAAUCCAACGCAUGCUUUUGCCAGAAGCUGUUCGUUCAAUGCAGUCAAAUCAGCCAAAUCAAAAUCUUGCUGGAACAGUUGUUACCAAUUUGACAGAUCCUCGUGGUUUGGCUAUUGAUUGGGUGUCUAAGAGAAUAUAUUGGGUGGAUGCAGGUUCAGAUACAAUUAAAGUAGCAACUUUAGAUGGACGCUCAAUAGUUACAUUAGUGAAUAAAAAUCUAGAUCAACCUCAUGACAUAGUAGUUGAUCCACAGUCUGGUUUGAUGUUCUGGUCCGAUUGGGGAGCUGAGCCCAGCAUACAAGUUGCUCGAAUGGAUGGAACAGAUCGCCGUGCAUUGGUGAAUGCAGGUGUACAGUGGCCAACAGGAUUAUGCAUUGAUCAUGGAAGUCAACGUUUGUAUUGGACUGACCCAAAAGCUUACACUAUUGAGAGUGUUCGAGCAACAUAUAUAGGUGGAGACAGACAGCUUGUUAAAAGAUUUCAUCCAGAGGAGAAGCCUUACAAACUUGAUGUGUUUGAAGACACAUUGUAUAUGACCCUGUACCGAACAAAUCGCAUUGCUCGACUGAACAAAUUUGGCUAUGGAAAUCUAACACUUCUUGUACCUGGCAUGAACAGAGCUUCAGAUUUGCUUGUAGUUCAAGAAAACAAACAGCAGAAAAAUUGCAAGUAUCUAAACACAGCAUCUUGUGGCAAAAGUGCUCUGUGUGUAAAUCGAGGACUGAUUCCUGGAAGUAACAUUAGAUAUUCAUGUCUUUGUCCAGAUGGUCUUGUGAAAUCAGAUGCAGCUAGUAAGGAUACAGAAGAGUGUCACUGCCCACCUCAGUGGACUGGAGAUCGAUGUGAAACACCUGUCACAGGGUGUCAAGAUUUAUGUCAUAAUAAUGGUUCCUGUCAAAUUAUUAAAAAUACAGUAGCUCUUUGUAAUUGUCCUGAAGGAUUUACUGGAACUUGUACUCCUGGACCUAAAGGUCAUUCUUGUAAAUGCCCUCCACGAUUCACUGGAAGACGAUGUGAAAAGGAUUUAUGUUCAUGCAUAUGUCCUGAAGAUAAACCCGACUGUGAAUGUAGUAAUUCACAUUUAAUUUGCAAUACCACUUAUCCACAUCAUUGCCCAAGUGACAUGUGUCUGAAUGGAGGUACAUGCACUGUAACAGGAUUGUUAACCAAAUGCAGGUGCCCAGAGGGUUUCACAGGUCUUAGAUGUCAAACACCAUAUUCAAUUGUCCAAGAACAGAAAGCUUCAAAUGACAGCGUUCGAACAAUAAUCACCUUCAUUGGUGUUGCACUGUUGGUUUUAGUAAUAGCAGUUGCAGCUCUUGUGCUUGCUUUCUACAUAAUUCGACACAGACAAAGUGGAAAGCCCUUUACACAUGUUCGCAUGCAAGAAAAUGUGGAAAUCAGUAAUCCUAUGUAUCUGCGUGGUGAUGCUGAAGAAGAAGGAGAUGGCUUAGAUCGAAAUUUCACAUUUGAUGCUGACAAAAGUGGAAAUUUUGCAAAUCCAGUUUACGAAUCAAUGUAUAACUCAGGAAUGGUAGACGGUGUUACAUCAAGUGAAGAGAAAACAGGUUUACUUGUAGUAGAUCCUCAUCUGCACUCAACUGAUGGGCAUGAAACUCACUGAAUUAUUCUUCAACUAAUAGAAGAGAUAGAUUCUUGCGUUCAUAACAGAAUUUUGUUGUAAAUAUAAUUCAGUUCUCUUUUCAAACUGUUGCUCUUACCAUGCAGCUUCAUAGUUUCAUAUGCAGUGGCACUAUAAUUCCAUGCCAAAGAUAAAAAUUCUUGAGAACUGAUAGAAUAAUUACUCUAUUUAUUUAGUUGUGUGAUAUGUGCUUUUACUGCUAAAAGGAUGUAUAUAGGAGGGUUUCCCGGUGUACCAUGUAAAGCAGUAUUUAUUUUGUUAUAUUUCAGUACCUGCUAAGUUCUGCUUUAUCACAAUAUCUGAAAUGUGUUGAUGGUAACAUUUCUGUCUGUGAUAAUUUUUGUAUAUAGUUGUAACUGCAUAGGGAGGUUGUGUUAUGUUCAAACAAAUCCUGUUAGUGUUUUAUAAUAAUAUUUUUCAAAUAUAUAAUAAUGUUUCUGCUCUAUUCCCUGCAAAAAACAUAUAAUAUGAAAUUCUACAUGCACUAUCUAACCAUUGAAAUAGUUUAUUUUAUACAGGAAAUUCUUUUUGUCACUUAACAGAUUGUAAAUCUUGUAGUGAUAAAUGAAACUCAAUAAAUGAAAAAGUUAGUUUAAUUAAAAAAUAAUAUACAGGACAUCUUGUGACACAUCAGUUGCUCUAGGAAAACUUUGUUGAGUAUUUUAAAAGAACUAUUACAAAAAUAAAAAUUUGGAUAGUACCAAAGAUAAAAUUCUGAAAGAAAUAUUUAGAAAUAAAUAUUGUAUGAAAUAGUAUCUCCAAAUAAACAUAUUUAAAUCAUAUGCAUGAAACAAAAAUAGUCCCCUUAUUUGUCUUUUCUUGCUAUUUAACUUUUGUGUACAUAUUUAAUCUUGAAUGAUUUUUAGGUUAUAAGUACCUUAACUUCACUAUAGGAUAUAAUUGAUUAGAUUAUAGAAUAUAUUCUUGGUCGUACAGUGCUCCAAGAGCUUGCAUCUUUUACGUUUAAUGUUAUUUGCUUGCCUUUACUCUACCAAUUUCAAUAAUGGGAAAUCCAUUGUGUUUUUGAAACAACACUUAUUCACCAAGUAGCCAAAAUUUCUGAGUAUUUAUAUGACAUAUUUUCUAAAUAGAUCGUAGACUUCAUGUUACAUCUUAACACCUCAAAUGUUCAUUUUGUGUAUCGAGCAAUAGGUUAAAAUUUUCUUCAUGUGUGUAUUUCUUGUAAACAACAUAUUUGAGUUAUUGCUAGAGUUCAAAAGAAAACAUUUUACAAUAAGUCUAUCCAAUGAAAAUAUUUUUAAAAAUGUGGGCAAGUUGUUAAUGUGAUAUUUUUUAAUAGACAUAAACAGAAAGUGUAUUUUAAAUUUGGUAUUUUUUAAAUAUUCUUGGGCAAGAAUUUAAAAAAGAACAAAAGUUAUUUUUCCAAUACUUUUUUUUAGCACUAUAAAUCUUUCAAAUUUUGUAAGUUAUAAUACUUUUAAAAAAGGUCAGUAAAAUUUUCGAUUUAGUGCAUCCAAUUUUUCUAACAAACAGAAAUGUAAUUUGCCUUUCUUUCUUUCUUUACGUAAUUUUGAUGAAAGUUAUAGACAUAUAUCACAAGAAGAUAUAGUUUUUACUUUACAUAGUUUGUAGGGAAGUGUAGGCAUUUUAAAAAAGCAGUAGUGCAAAAAGAAACAAAGGAGAUUGAGAAAGUGCAGCUGAAUCAUAUUGAUUGGUGCCUAUCCAAAAACUAGUGUGACUGAAGAGGAGCUCUAUAGAAAUCUAACAGAGUAAUUUUUUUUUUUAAUUCAGAAUAUCUGUUCUCAUGACUGAAUUCUGUCCAAUAUCUUUUGAAAACAAUAAAAUGAUAAGUAGAUUUUUUUUUAAUCUGUUGAAAUCAUUUCAUCACUUCUCUUGAAUAAUAACAUAUUAUUGCAAUCAAUUCCAGCAUAUGCGUACUGUGAGAUGCAUUUUUCUUUUACUCUUCACUUCUCAGUGUUUUUAUAAUAUCUAAUUUUCACUCCCAACUUGGAAUCGUGCUCUUAACCCAGAAAUAUUGUUUAUGUAUCAUUAUUCAAGUUCAUCCAAUCAAAAUAAUUUGGAAUCAAAUUGUUGUCAUUAACAGGAUUUUUGUUUAUUUCUUACAAAACUAUUGAAAUAUUAAUUUGCAAAGUGUUCUAGUAUUGGUAUGCAAAAUGAAUUGGACAAUAGUCAAUAGCUUGGUAUUAAGAGUUUGUGCACGAUCAUGUGUGAGAGAGAAGGAAUGAAAAGUGUGACUGAUGAGUCUGUGUAUGUGAGUGUGAAGGCAUGUAUGUAUUUGGAGGUUGAAAUUAUUGGUAUUUUUAUAUACAAAUGUGUAGUAGAGUGUAUAUUAUGUGUGGACUUAUGAACUGUUCUUAAACUUUUGUUAGCUGUUAAGUCUAUAAAUUUAAAAAACUAAUCAGUUAUGAACGCAAGAAUCUUCCAGUUUGAAAGAAUUUUUUGUCAUAAAACAACAAAUCUGAGACCAGAAAUUUGAUGAAUGGUCAUUGACUGCACAUGAGAAGCACAUCAGGUAACAUAAAAGAAUAAAUGUACUCAAUCUGAUAGGUAAGUGUGAAAUAAAUAACAGAACUGUAAAUAUCUACUGAUAUUCCUUUGAAUGUUUGCUGUGAAAUACAUUGUGUUGUUGUAGAUAAAUAAGUAUUAAUAGAAAAUACCAACUUUUCAUUUUGACAGACUGCAUUUGCAUUUUAAAAAGUGAAGAAAAUUUUCUCAUUUUUGUGUUUUCAUGUUAAUUCUAACAUUCUACAACACAUUUGUUGCAUUGGUGCCAUAGAAAAUAUAAAUAUUCAAUGAUCAAUAAGGUGUUCCAACUCAAGAGUAUGAUGAAAACAAACAUUUGCAUGCAUUGUACCUGUUACACUAUUGACUCAUUGUGUUCACAAGUCGUGGUGUGAAAUUAAUAUGAAUGUAUCUGCUAUCAGUGGUUCUAUAGUAGAUUGUCAGACUUUAAAUUAAUGCUCUUUAUAUGCACAAUAUUUACAUAAUAUUGCUUUUUAUUUUUAUAUUCAUGUUCAGAAAGUAAAAGCAAUGUGCCAAUAUUUCCUAAAGCAUUUAAUAUGUACAGAGAGAAUAUGGUCCUUGAUGGAAAUGUUUUGGUAAGAAGAUGGAAAUAAAAUUUCCACAG